AUGUCUGCGCCGAACGUCCUCAACGCCAUUUCACGAUGGGCGAUCCCCGUUUUCAUCGGUGCCUCAUUAGCACAAAGUGCCAUGUACGAUGUGAGAGGUGGAACGAGAGCCGUCAUCUUCGACCGUCUCUCUGGUGUCCAGGAAAAAGUCAUCAAUGAAGGAACUCAUUUCCUCGUACCAUGGCUGCAGAAAGCCAUCAUCUACGAUGUGCGGACGAAGCCCAGAAACAUCAGCACCACCACCGGGAGCAAGGACUUGCAGAUGGUGUCAUUGACGCUGCGAGUGCUCCAUCGCCCGGAUGUCCAAAAUUUGCCAAAGAUCUACCAGUCCCUUGGUCAAGAUUACGACGAAAGGGUUCUCCCAUCUAUUGGCAACGAAGUCCUGAAAGCAAUCGUGGCUCAAUUUGACGCGGCAGAACUGAUCACACAACGAGAAGCCGUCUCACAACGCAUCCGAGCCGACUUGACUCGUCGGGCGCAGGAAUUCAACAUCGCCCUAGAGGAUGUCUCCAUCACGCACAUGACCUUUGGCCGCGAGUUCACGAGGGCAGUUGAACAGAAACAGAUCGCUCAACAGGACGCAGAAAGAGCAAGGUUUAUCGUGGAGAAGGCCGAGCAGGAGAGGCAGGCGAACGUCAUUCGUGCCGAAGGAGAAGCCGAGUCGGCAGAUAUUAUCAGUAAAGCUGUGGCCAAGGCUGGAGACGGGUUGAUCCAGAUCAGAAGAAUCGAGGCGAGCAAGGACAUUGCCCAGACGUUGGCCGCGAACCCCAACGUGACCUAUCUGCCCGGCGGUGGCGAGGGUGAAGGUGGCAAGGGGAAAAGUACCGGUUUACUGCUGGGCUUGAGGGCCUGA